GAUCAGUAUGAGGGCUAGAAAGUCCGCUUUCACUGUAAUCACAGUAAGUUGUGGUGAGUUUUACACACAGCGUUAAAAAUUUCCAUGUUAGGUCAUCUUCACAGGACGGGUUGAUUAUACUAAGAAGCGCUGCAUACUUCCUCCCCAGAGUACACAGGAUGUUAGGAUGGAGUGUGGCCCAGUUCUGCCGGAUAGCCUGGUGUUAGAGAUCUUCCUUCGUCUGCCCCAUGAAGCUGUGCUGAGAGCUGGUCUGACCUGCAGACAGUGGCUGGCUGUCUCCAGAGAUGAGUUCCUUUGGAGGGAGCUGUUCUACAGCUACUACCGCAUACCACGCUCUGUACCUCGACACCCAGCGGCUGUGUCGUGGUACAGGGAAUUCAGGCGUCUGUUUGACUGUAUCCCCUGUGUGGAGGUCCAGACGCUGAGAGAGCACAGUGACCAAGUCCUCCACCUGGCUUUCUCUCACAGGGGUCACCGGUUCUCCUCCUGCUCCAAAGACUGUACUGUUAAGCUAUGGGACACAGAGCGACCAGAUGGUAAUAUCUCACUGGUACACAGCUCCAGCAUGCGGCAGUUUAACUGGGGCUACACACAGUUCUCCCAGUUCAACGCUGAUGACACACUGCUGCUCGUGUCUGGUGUCUACCUGGGUCCACACCACUCCUCAUCUGGGGAAAUCGCUGUCAUCAGUCUAGAAAAUUACACACUGUUAUCGCGUGUGAGGAACAAACCGUAUGAUGUAUUUGGCUGCUGGCUGAAUGAGACCCACCUGAUCUCUGGAAACCUGCACUGGAUAGGCAACAUGACGUCCUGCUCUGUGCUCUGGCUCAAUAAAGCCUUCCAGGAUGUGGAAUCAGAGAAUGUCAAUGUAGUCAAACGCCUUUUCAAGAUCCAGAACAUCAACGCCAGCACCAUCCGCACAGUGAUGGUGGCCCACUGCCGGCGUCACGACAACCCGGAUUUGCUGCUAGACUACGAGGCUCAGUCUCAGGCUCGAAGGCAGAAAGGGCAGCAGCAGGAGCACCACCAUCAGCCCCUCCUCUUUGACUUGGGAAGCUCCGGCAGUGAGGAAGAAGAUGAAGAAAUGGAGGACGAGGAGCGCCAGAAGGAAACAAGAUGUCACAGCCACCCAGCUGGUCGUCUUCCUCAGCCCACCAUCUCAGGCCUGGAGCACGUUUUACAGAGACGGAAAAAUGUAGGGCUCAGGGAGCUGGAGAUUGAGACCCAGGUGGCUCAGAUGAUGGGCAGAGCCCACACUAAGGCCCCUGACUCCAGCCUGUUUGAUCCAUCUGAGCCAGGAGAGGGAGAGGACAAAACAUACUUACUCUUCACCACAGGCAGCCUUACAUACUCCCCCCACCAGAUAGGUAUUAAACGGAUCAAACCCGACCAGAUGACCACCUCUGGUCCAGUUCUGGGGGAAGAGCGGAGUUCUGAUGAGUUUUUUGAUUCCCUGGAUCAUGUCAUUGAUAUCCAUGGACACAUCAUUGGUAUGGGCCUUUCACCAGACCAUAGGUACCUUUAUGUGAAUAGCCGGGCUUGGCCAGCUGGGUGUGUGAUCUCUGACCCCAUGUCUCCUCCUCCUAUUGCCGAGGAGAUAGACCUACAUGUGAUCGAUCUGAAGAGUUUGAGGGAGGAGAGAAGGAGUCUGCGCGCCCACCGAGCCUUCACGCCUAACGAUGAGUGCUUCUUUAUCUUCCUCGACGUCAGCAGGGACUUUGUUGCCAGUGGAGCAGAAGACAAGCACGGCUACAUCUGGGAUCGCCAUUACAACAUCUGUCUGGCACGUCUGGCUCACGAUGAUGUGGUGAACUCAGUGGCAUUCAGCCCCGCUGACCAGGAGCUGCUGUUGUCUGCCAGCGAUGACUCUACCAUUAAGGUGUGGCGCUCGCCGCGCAUGGUACGCCUGGCGCAGGCCCCCAGCCGGCCGGCAAGGCCCCGCACCUUCCUGUCAUCCUGGCUGAGCCGCAACAAGAACUCAACGUCUGCCAGCAGUGUAAAUGGAAAACCAUGAGUCAGGUUGGGAAGCACUUGCAGUGAGAGAGAGGAAGGAGAGGAAAAUUUGAUCGUUUUCCUCUGUUGUUUGAAUAUAUAUGUAUACACUCCAUAUAUAUGUUCAGUGUGGUUACAGUCAGUGGUUUUACUUGAGCUCACGGUGUUGUGACACAGCGAUGCACGGUGUCAGGAUGUGAUGUGACUCUUCAGACACAAGAGAGCGCUAUUGCACCAGCAAAGGGCAGAAAUCACCACAGACUAUCUGCUGUUGACAGGAGUGAUGUGAAAAUGUUACCACAGAAACAGUUAGUGUAGAGCUGACACCUAAAUGCACAAAACAGACGUCCAGACAUGUUCCCCAACAGAUGUUUUUUGUCUGUUUUUUUUUAUCUGUAACGUGGUGUCUCAACAGGUCAGACGCAGGACUCCUGGACCUGAGGUAUAAAUGUAUGUAAAUGUCCUGCAGAAAUGGAACCUUAUGAUCAAGGCUGUCGUGUUGUGCCCAUCAGAGGCAAAGUGCUGUAAUUGAGAAUUAUUUCGUCUUUUUUUAUUAAUGCUAUAUUCAGUUGAUGUCUUGAGUGUAAACACCUCAUAAAUCCUAUUUUCAGAGUGUAAAACCGUUUAAACCAAAAGGGAAGAUGGCUACAGCUACACUUACUGCGGUCUGCCUCAGUUUUUAACUACGUCUUAUCAAAUUGUUUUUGUGCCCCAGAAAUGACUGACGACUAUUCUAUUCGCCGUAGCAUCAUUGCCUGAUUUAAUCUAGAAGAAUUGUUGAGGAACAGUUAGUGUGAAGCAUGACUGUGAAUAAAAAAAAAUGUGUGUGUAGCUAAUUGUUAUUUGGGCCUAUAUUAUGUAGAAAUGUAUUUAAACACCUUUAUUCAUCUGUAGCUCAAAGCUGCACACUUUAAUUUUGUCAAAAGACUUUCUGUCAUCAGGAUAAAGCUCAGAAAUGUA